AUGGUGAGAACAAAAAAAAGCGUAACUACACAUACCCCUAUAAAUACACAUACGCAUAUGUUUAAUAUGCUUGCAAAUAAUCCAAUGAUAAAUAAAUCAGCAAAUAACCAAAUUGGGUCAAAAUCAAUAAAUAAAAAUAAUUCAGGAAAUAUAACACACAAAAAUAUAAAUAAAAAUCGUAUCCGAAGACCACAUAGAUAUCGACCUGGUGUAUUAGCAUUAAAAGAAAUUAGAGCUUAUCAAGCAACAACUCAAUUAUUAAUACCCAAAAUACCAUUUGUAAGAGUAAUUAAAGAAAUAACAAAAUUAUAUGAAUUGCCAAAUAAUCAAUUUCGUUAUACUCCCGAAGCUUUAUUAGCUCUUCAAACUGCAUCAGAAGCAUAUUUAGUUAGCUUAUUCGAAGAUGCAUAUUUAUGUUCUCUUCAUGCAAAUAGAGUAACACUUAUGCCAAAAGAUAUACAUUUAGCUAGACGGAUAAGAGGCCGUGAUUAA